UCAUUGCUUCCGUAAACAAACGUCUGACGUCUGGAGAUGACAGGCAGGUCAAACUAAUAGCCGCAGCUGCUAUCAUCUACGGAGAUUUCCUCCUGGGAUCUGUAGGAUUACAGAAACCGUCUGAAAAUAAGGUUAAAGUAAACUGUUAUUAUUGCACCUGGUCUUAUCUCUGCUGAGUUCGAACUGUUUCUCGCAGAGUCCUUUGCUAACACUAGUUAGCUGGCAGCCCAGCUAGCUUGACAGAAAAGAAAGUAACUGUUUCAAAGUAACAAACGUCAGUAUUUGAAUAAUGUCUGGACCAAAUGGAGAUCCAAACAUCUCUAUGGACGAUGGUAUCAUAAACGACGAAGACGAAUUCGGCGAAGAAGAAUACGCUGCCAUCAACUCCAUGCUAGAUCAGAUCAACUCCUAUCUCGAUGACCUGGAGGAGCGCAAUGAUGCACUCAAUGGCAAACUGCACGAACUACUGGAGUCCAAUCGGCAGGCCCGACUGGAGUUCAGGGCCCAGCUGCUCGGCUCCCAAAACCAGGAGGAGCAUCAUCCAGCAGACGGGGACUCCUCGUCCAGCAAGGAGGACCCGAAUGAGGACAGUGGGGGCUCACAAAUGAGUGAGAAGAGCGAGUAGAUGGAGAGGACUGGGUUCAGAUGAGUCCAGGGAUAGAAAUAUUUAUGAAAGUUCACUCAACUUCUGACCUCUUGUUUUUUUGGACUAGUGACCCCUGAUCUGUGUAGUCCAUGCCUGUCUGACUCCUUUGUGAAUUUAUACCCUCAUCAGCAGACGUGUGUACCACAGUGAUAUUUUUGCAUCUCCUCCAUCACUGAAUGCAGUGCAGUUUUUUCUCCUGUAUUGAACUGUGAUGUGCUGGUGUUUGGUUCCUGAGUAGACUGGAGUUUAUCGACGUCCAGCAGCUUCUCAUACAAGUUGGACAUCGCAAUUACUUUGCACUACUCAGUUGCAGACAUGCUGAAUUCAAAGUCAAAUGUGUUUUCAUGUAAAAAGCUGCCUCCCUCUGAGUAGCAUUCAGGUUCAUGUGGGACGCCAUGAGGGCAAUUCUUAAAGCCAGGAACAUAUCAGAAAGGUAAUUUUUAAAGGUGUCGUGUUAAUCUUGUCAACCAGUGCUCAAACUAUAGGAUCCCGCUAAUGUCCAUGGUAGGCUACACUGUAUGUUGUACAGACUCUUCACAAGCUUAUAAGUCAGUAUUCAUGAUCAGUCAGUUGCGUGUUUCUGGCUUUAGAGAAAGUAUCCACCGAGUGUCAACAUCAGGUUUGUAAUAUCUGUGCAAUCUCUAGAAUUACAAAAUGUGUUGUCCCAAAACAUUAAAUAUGCAACAUUC